CGAGUGUCCUUUCCCUCACUCUCUUCGUCUGUCUCCUUCGUUCAUCUCACAUUCUCACUCUUCUUUUGCAAUCCAUGGAGUUUCAGUUUCUUCCCAAGUUCUACUUUCUUCUAUCCUUAUCCAUCCUCUUCCUUUCAUCUUUUCACGCUCAAGCUAAAGUUAACUUCAAAUACUGCGAUAAGAAGGCAAACUAUGCUGUGAAGGUGUCUGGAAUUGAAAUAUUACCGAACCCUGUGGUUAGUGGUGACCCGGCUACCUUUAAGAUCUCGGCUACUUCUGGUCAAGGUAUUUCUGGAGGAGAGUUGGUAAUUGGAGUUUCAUAUGUUGGAGUGCCUGUCCAUACUGAAACCAUUGAUCUUUGUGAGGAAGUGUCCUGUCCUGUUACUAAUGGCAAUUUUGUGAUUACUCACACCCAAACAUUGCCUUCAAUUACUCCACCGGGACCCUACGCCCUUAAGAUGACACUGAAGAAUGACAAGAAUGAGCUGUUAACUUGCAUUAAGUUUAAUUUUAAAAUCGUUCUUCGAUCUUUUGUGUCUGAUAUGUGAAGUGUUCUUUGCACGACUGAUCUGGGGGGUACUACUAUGCUUUGUUGCAAUAUGUACUGUAUAUUACCUUUCAAGAGUCAUAUCAUUUAAGGCCAAUGUUGUCUAAUGUUCUUUUAGAAGAACAGUAAUAUCAAUGACAUGACAUAUGAUGUUGGAUAAGGUCAAUGACAGAAAUUUUUUCUUUUUUGUGAA